AUGGAGAUGUUACAACUGCAGUCUUUGCCCGGUUGGUUACCAUGUCAGCGAUAUUUCCACAAACAUAUACGUGUAUGGUUCUUGUCAAGCGUGUCCUGCAGGUAAUUUCAACGGUGUAAUUUGAAUAUAGUUUUUAUUUAAAAGUUUUGCCAGAAUUCAAAAGAUUAACACCAUAACAACAUUUGGCCUUUCUCGUGAAGAGAGAGCUUUAACGUAGUUGGUAGAUUAUGAUCAUAGUUCUUCGGUAGAGGGUUCUGGAUAGAGUAAUGAUAAACACAAUUAACUGCAGCUGUUGUUUAGAGUUCGUGGGCAAUUGCUACUGCUACGGAAAGUUUUCGCUGUUUUCGCAAUUAAGUCUGAGGCCAAAAAAAUCAAAUUUGUUUUAUCCUUACUGGACAAAUUCUAUUCUAUUAUUCUUCUGAAAGACAUAACCCUUUAAUCACAUAGUACUUGGUAAGUACCUUGCAAAGCAAGUAAGGAAUUCAGAUGGACGGAAACAGAAAGCACAGCAUAAUCUAUUUUUGCAUAAGACAAUGACUGUAGUAACAAAUUAGAGGUGUGGCAACCCGGGACACUUUUACCGUGGUAAAUGACCCUUUUACCGCGGGAAAUUGUGUUAGUGUGUCUGACCGGAUUUCCCGAGGUAAACUUCCCGUGUUACAUAAACAUGGAUACGGAAAAAAAAAACAAAGAAAGCGCCCAUGACAACGUGGUAAUUACAUGCAGCAAGGGUGUUUUGCUGCCCACGGUAAGACAGCCAAUCACGAAGCUCCAGUUGACAAAGAAUUUCGGUUAUCAUCAAGGCCUACUUAGCGCCUUUCUUUCCCACAACACCAGAAAAAUAACACGUUAUGAUCUGUUGUGAUGGCUGGAUUUCGCACUAUUCGAUAAGUUACUAUUUCAGAAUUAUCUUCAGAGAAGCAUUUGAAAUCGUUUGUUUACACACCAGAUAAUUUGAGCAAACGUUUGUAUUUUUUUUUUUUUUGCCAGGCAAAUUCUAAUUUGGAUUCACUCGCUUGUUCGCUUGAUUCUGAAAUUGCACAAAUUCAACCUGGACCAUCCGGGUCAUGAUUCUUUUUUUUGCAACCGAAAAUCCCGCUCGCUUUGAAAGUCCUUCAAGUGUUUCCCGGGAAAAUAAUUUCGUGAAAAAGGAAAUAACCCGUCGUAAAUAAAUUUACGUAUAACCGUAAGUAACCUUGGUAAAUCACGGGAAAGACUUUUUACUAUGUGGUGUGCGUAACCGCACCUUAUGUUUAAAAAAAAUUCAGAGUAACAAAAAAAUAAAGGAGCGUCUGUGCUAUUACAUCAAAGUUUGUUAUCAGUUAAUAUGAUAGAAAUAGAUUUGUGAAUUUCUAGUAUGAUUUUUUUAUUGCCGGUUUCAAGUAGGGCAAGUGUAUAAAUUUUUUAUCUAACACAACAUAGUUUUACAAAUUGCCAUGUUUUUAUCACAGGAGGUUUCUAUCAAGAUCAAAUGGGACAGAUUAUCUGCAAGCAAUGCAAGGGACUCACGUCUCCAAAGAACGACAUCCAGGUACCCGUGCAACUGACUGCUGGGCAUGUCCGUAUGGUAGGAACCAUCAUAGUAUUCAUUUGUUCAUAAACUUACAUCAUUUUACUACCAGCGUGACUACCUUCCUCGUUAAACUAUAGUCCAUAGAGCUUAGUACCUCAAUUUUCACCUUAAUUUCCUUUUCCCAACAUGGAAGAAAUCUGUCAUUCAAAACUUAUCUUUCCUAACUGAAGAGGCAGACAAUUUUAUCUCUCUGAUUCCUUUUUUGCCAAAAAAAAAAUAAUGUCAUGUAGCCUUCGACAAUAACUAGAAAACCAACCUAAAGCAAGAAAGCCACUGAGUUCACGCUAGAAAAGACACGCCCCACUAAUUCCUUUGUUUUGCUACAAUUAGAAUACGGUAAAAACCUACGCGGAAGGACCUAGUUUAAACGGCAAAAAUUUACCAUUUUCACUUCCUCUAUACAAGAACCUGUAAAUCUUAAAAUUUGAAACAGGUUCUUUUUUUCGAAAAUCUUUAAUCAGUAUCCUCUUUGGAGACACUCCAACUGCAAUAUAAAUGCCAUUGUGGAAAAUAUAAUAAAAUUGUUAUUGAGGCAAACUAAAAAAAUAUCAAAUGUAUAAAUUUUACGAGCCAGAAUUAUAGCUAAAAUGUGCUUUCUUUCUUCAGAAAAUAUGAACUUAUUUAAGGACCUAAUUAGCCUAAAUUUGUGCUUAGUAUUACCACUUCCGUAAGAACCUGUUUAGAUUGACUUGGGAAAAUGCAGGUUUUACUCGCGGGUUUUUACUGUAUUGCAGUUUACUGGGGGGCGGGUAAGGUGCAUGCAAGUCUUCUUGAGAAUGCUAACUUUUACAUUUUGAGAUCUAUUCUAGGUUAGGAUAAAAAUACCCUGUAUCAGGAAUUACUUGGGAUCAUGAUCAUGAAAACUCUAGAGGAUAGGAGAACAUGUAUUUCGCAUUUGUGCUUUAUAAAUCCUGAUUCUGCAAUUAUCCCAAGCUCAUUCAUUAAUUUUUUAGUAAAAAAAAAUUAAAAAAAGAAAAUUAUGUAGUUAGUUUUAAUUAUAAUUAUUUCUUAACGACAACCGAUUUGCCUCGAACCAUAAAGAUAGUUUUCUUAAUUCCUUAUUAGUUGUUUCGAUAAAUUGUUGUUGGUUUGUAUUUUUAUUGAUAAAGUUGGUAUCAUCUGUAAAAAGUGUGAAUAAUCAUGAUAGUUUACUGGAUGCAGCACCACAGGGCCCCAGAAUCACAAAAGCCUACUGGAAGCCAAAUUAUAAGGAUUUGUAUGGGAAUUUAAACUCGAUAAAACGGUUAAAAUGCACAUAAACAGCUAUUAAAGUAUACGUGCCUCAUGAAGAGUUGUUUCCUUACUGUGUCCUGCCCUAUAAACGCCGUUUUAGCAAGUUUCUCAACCACUUAGAACAAGACAAGGGAAAACUCGGCUGUGCUACGCAGCCGAAAAAAAAGCUACAAAAAUUACCUUCAUUGCACUCCAGUCGCUUCCAAACUUCUCUUCAGCAUGGACCGAGGGUUUUCCUUCCUUGACAAAGUCAAUUUAGUUCCAGACAUCGAGCCAUGGCCCCAAGAGGACGACAAAAGUCGCUAAAGGAUUUGAACUUACCGCUCCGGUGGAUCCCCUCUUCUCCGUGGUGAACUACUCAUUGGCUAAGUAACUACGCCGUUCAUUCAAAAUUCCCUUGGCAGGGAUGGCCAGGGGGAAAAUCAACCAAUACAAAACCAGAUUCGCAAGGGUGCCCAGGGAGCGCUUUCGCUCAUUUUACAAAGAAGUGGCGGGAAAAACACCGCUCCCCAUCGAGGGGAUUUUGAACGUGCAGCAUGGCUACUAAGCCAAGAGCAACGCCAUCGGUAGCUCACCGCGAAGAAGAGCGGAUUCAUAGAAGAGGGAAGUUCAAGUCUUUUAGUGACAUUUCUCGUCCUCUUGAGGACAUAGCUCGAUGUUUGGAACUAAAUUGACGUUUUCAAGGAAGAAAAAUCUUCAGUCCAUGUUCAAGCGAAGUUUGGGAGCGAUUGGAGUGGAAUGAAGGAAAUUUUGAGCAGCGUAGUAGAUCCGAGUUUUCCCAUGUCUACUUCUCAGUCCUUGAGAAACCAAAACAUUAAAACUUGCUAAAACGGCGUUUAUAGGGCAGGAAGCAGUAAGAAAACAACACAGACAACUCUUUAUGAGGUAUGUAUACUUUAAUACCGGUUUAUGUACAUUUUAACCGUUUUAUCGAUCUUACGAUAAAUUCCCAUACAAAUCCUCAUAAUUUGGCUUCCAGUAGGCUUUUUGAUUCUGGGUCCUUUGUGGCAGCACUAAUAUCAUUGAUAUAGACUGAAAACAGAGACAACUACAAAGAAACUAUCUACAAAGAAAAGACACUUCUUGAAGCUACAAUCGGGGACAAAAUGAGUUGAGACACUUCGCCCUAAACUGGGCUUUUUUACGUUUUACUGACUUCAAAAGGAGGAAAUAUAGCCUUUCCUCCCCAUGCAAUGUUGUGCCAAUGCUCGAGCUACCUACAGAAAAUAACAAACAGCCCAACUUUGAACGGAGGGGACAGGGGAGGGGUGCGGAUUCUUGUGUUCUCUGAAGUUACUCUAUUUGAGUUCUCAACAAUUUUUUCGCCAAUUGUAGAAAGAGAAAUAAUUAAUGGCGCAUUAAUAACGCGUCAUCGCCGUUUAACCCUCAACCACUUAAUUUUGCCAUAAUAGAAGCCAGUUAACAUAUUUUUUUGACCCUCCUUAAAUGAGAAAUUAGUACUGAGAAACGUUAACAUUGCUGUAAAUUCCAAAACUGAAGUCUAAAACUGUGAAAAAAAACGUUAACAGCGCAAGUGAAAGUGGUGAGGCAAAACAGACGUCAAAGACUCACUAGCGAAGGGACAAUCUCUUGCGGUUAGCAACUUCAGUGUCUACAUUUCGUGGAUUAUGGGAAUUUGUACGGAGGGGACCUCCCAUUUCCCCUUAUUUGUUUUGAGUCAUGUUAAUGUUUUUAGCCGUCCAAUCAGAAGCACAGACAUUUAGUUUGCCCAAUAUGGAAUCAGAUUAGUAAUAUUAAGAUAGCAACUUUGAAAACUAUCAGGUAAAAAAAAAAUGUUGACGCAUACUCUUCAAAGCGCGCGCUAACUCUCGUCAUCAAGUUAAGCUAGUAGUAGUUUUUUGUAAGAUGCUUGUCCGGAAUCAGUCAAUCCUGGUCAUUUUGGAUACCAGUUUUGGCCGUAUUUUACAUGCUAAAACUGUGAUUGCUCUUAACGCUUCGUUUUCAUUGCGAUAAAAAGUUUUCUUCACAAUAGCACAACAGUCUCGGGUAUCAGUAAUUCUAUAAAAGGAAGUAAAUUUUAAUUGGUUCUCCAAAACACUCCAGCAUUGUUCUACGCCUCAGGGCCGAGUUGUUGAAAGCUGGGUUAAGAUAACCCAGGGUUAGUGCAAGAUUUGAAUUCAGAUUUGACAGCUUAAAAAUCAGUUCAGUUAGAAUUCUUUUUGUCUACAAGUUGAUGAUUGGAAGCUCUAAAAAUAACAGAGACAAUUAUCCGAGGAAAUUCUUUUGAACACAUGAAAAAGAAAGCCGGGUUAAAUUUAACCUCGGGUUAAGCGCUAAUCGGCCUUCUAACAACUGAGCCCUGGGUUAUAUGCUUCUGGUUAGCUUUCUCUCGUCUCAGGCCUACAGAGUUUCAACUGAGUUUGCGAUCACUGAUACCAUUAUGAAACGUCUGGAUUAUCCCGUGAAAUAUACAAGACAGUUAAAAAAAUCCUAUGUACUUCCUUAAGUAUUAUCUCUAGUUACCAGCUAGAAACGAUUCCUUUAUCUUUGAACAGUGACGCUCUCAAACAAACAUGCUGGUUACCGUGCAUGCAAAUGCCUGCGUGGAUUUUACCGUUUGGAUCGCUUUAGUCCAUGUUCAGAAUGUCCAGCUCAUGGCAUCAAAUGUGUCGACGAUACAGCAAUAUUUGCACCUAAUUGUUUCUGGAAAUGGGCCAAUCAAAGUAGCAAAGAGUUCUACAAAAAGUUUGUUGACAACAUCCAUAGUUUUGGCCCUGAGUACAACGAUACGUACUCUAAAUUUACUGCUCCACUACCCAAACCAGUAAAAUGUCCUUUUGCUGGGUCCUGCAAGGGAGGAAUAGAUUCAGAGUGUGAAGAAGGAUACCAAGGAAACUUGUGUGCUACCUGUUCUCAUGGCUACUACUUACGAUUUAAUUUCUGUUUGAAAUGUCCUGGAUUCUUGGUUUCCAUAAUUUCCUCGUUGGUGGUUAUUGGAGUCUUUAUUGUGGUGUUUGCAAUGGUUCUGUGUGGAGACUCCAAAAAGACAGACAAUAAUCGUACUGUUGCAGAUAUCAUCACAUCCUGCUUCAAAAUUGUCAUCGGGUUUUACUAG